AGCAUUCACUUUUAUAUAACCUUGUUUACUUCACAUGUAGUUACACGGGACUGACCAUAGACAACAAUCCACGCCAUAUUUCAUCAGACUUGGCCACUUAACAGACGAAAAAGAUGAAUCUCUUUGAUUUUGGACAAGGCAUAACUUUGAAGGAACUCUUGGAGAACCCAGAUUUGAAGAAUCCACCCAAACUUAGUGAUGGAACAGUGAAAGGAAAAGUUUCAGCUGGUAAGAUCGAUUCCUCUGCAGCCUUUCUGGGACCCAAUCUCUGGAACAAUCCUGACAAUAAUGACUUCAAUCUGGAAUUUAUGGAUCUGGAUGAAUUCCUGUCAGAGACUGGAAUUUCUGUGGAGGACAACUCAAAUACCGCUGAUGGAAUAACCCAGCCCAUAAGCCCACCUGCCCCUCCUGGUGAUUUAGCAGAUGUGCUGCUACCAUUGAUAGAAUCCCCACAGAAGAAGGAAGACACUAUUUCACCCCCUUUGCCAGUCAGUACCCCAGAGGUAUCCCCUCCACAUAGUCCAGAAGUGCAGUAUGAUAUUGACCCAAGUGAUCUGGCCCUCGCAUCUAUCCCAGGUCAGAAUUUUGAUCCAAAGAGAAGAAGGUUCACUGAAGAUGAACUGAAACCUCAGCCAAUCAUAAAGAAGUCCAGAAAGGUGUAUGUGCCCGAAGAUUGCAAAGACCAGAAAUACUGGAGCCGCAGAAAGAAGAACAACGUUGCUGCUAAACGUUCACGAGAGGCUCGAAGAAUCAAAGAAAACCAAAUUGCACUGCGAGCAGCUUAUCUAGAGAAGGAAAACAACACUCUGAAAGAAGAACUGAGAAAACUGCAGCUGGAAAACACUCAACUCUCACAGAAACUUAAAAAGUACGAAGGGAAGUCACUCUUACAUUGAAGUGACUGAAUCAUCUCCCCUUAGUUAUGCAGAGUGUUGAAGAACAAAAUCUCAGUGCUUGUCUGAGAGAAAUGUUCUGGAGAUAGUUGUUUUGUUAGAUACAACUUAUGUCUUCUACCUCUAAGUCACCUUUUUCACCCAUUUUAAGCCAUGUUUAUUAUCAGUUGUACCACAUAGCGUAUAUAUGCAAGUUGUGGGGUACAUAUUUUUAAAAGUGUAUAGGGCAUUCAUUGUUUUGAAGGUAAUUGCCUGAUUAUAAACUAGUUAGCCAUGGCGAUGUACAUAAACAAUCUAUUUGCUAGACAAUCAUUGUGAAUAUUCAUGUUUUUACUGUCCUGUAGUCACCUUCAUUUAGAAUCAAAAUAUAGUCUCCAUGCUAUGCAUUCUGUAGACAGAUAGCCAUGAAUAUGCCUGAUCUGUAUUGUACCACAUGAACAAGAGGGUAAUUCAAAUCCAUGCAGUUUAUUCACUUGUACAGUUCCUAUUCCAUGGGAUAUUUUUGUUUGGUUUACCAAACAUACCUAUGUUUUUAACAGAAAUAUAAUUACCUGUGGCAAUAUUGAUUUGCAUUUAUAAAAAAAAAAGAAAAAAAAACAAAUUAAAAAUUUUU